CCUCCUUGAGUGAAAUAUAAGCUACUUCGGGGAAGACAUCUCAUAUUCUAUUUUGAGAUUCUGUUUUGGAUUAUAUAAUUCACCCUUGCCUGGAUUUUCUCCGAAUUCCGGACAUUUUUUUUUUCUUUUUAAUCGCGGAGAUAAAGGUCUGAUAGAACAAUGAAAGAAGCAGCACUGUAUUUUGUCCUCGUUUUAUUUUCUUCAACAACUGGACAAGUAAGCUACACAAUACCGGAGGAGAUGCCAAAAGGAUCUUUAGUAGGUAACAUUGCGCAGGAUUUAGGUUUGGAACCCAAGCGUUUAAUAUCUGGCAAAGCUCGGAUUUACACUGCUGACAAUGAGGAAUACGUCGAGCUGAACAGAGAAAGAGGAGUUAUCCUUGUAAAAGAAAGAAUCGACAGGGAGGUAAUCUGUAAACAGAUAACGCCCUGUGCUAUACAUUUCCAAAUCAUUCUGGAAAGUCCUAUGCAAUUUUACACGAUUACUGUUCAGGUCACAGAUAUAAAUGAUAAUUCACCAACAUUUGAAGGGGAUAAGAUUGAAUUAAAGAUUAGCGAAUCAGCCGUAGUUGGGUCAAAAUAUGAAUUGGAAAGAGCUCUUGAUCUGGAUGUAGGAAAAAAUUAUCUGCAAAGGUAUGAAUUAAAACCAACAAAUAAUUUUGCUCUGAAUUUGCAAGAUAAAAUUAAUGAGAAUAAAAACGUCGAGAUGAUACUGAAGAAGCCUCUAGACAGAGAAAAACAGGAACAGUUAAAUCUUGUCUUAAUCGCUGUAGAUGGAGGAGAGCCGCAGAUGUCAGGAACGAUGCUGAUUGUUGUUACGGUUUUGGACGCUAAUGAUAAUGCUCCUAUUUUCACACAAAAAACAUAUAAAGCCACAGUCCCUGAAAAUGCAUCAGUUGGAACAAAUGUUGCUACUGUAAGAGCGACUGAUGCAGAUCAGGGCUCCAACAGUAAAAUAACGUAUUCAAUAACAAAUACCUUGGAUAAUGUGAGAAAAAUAUUUAAAAUAAACAAUGCCAGCGGUUUAAUCACUUUGAUUGGAAAUUUAGACUUUGAAGAAUCGCGCAAUUUUGAAAUAAAUUUGCGUGCAAAUGAUGAGGGAGGGUUAACAGAUUAUUCUAAGUUAUUUGUCGAUGUGCAAGAUGUGAAUGACAACCAACCUGAAAUUAACAUAAUGUCGAAGUCAAACGUGAUAGCGGAAGAUGCGCCUGUUAACACGGUGGUUACGAUAAUCCAUAUUGAGGACAAAGACACUGGAGAAAACGGUAGAAUUAAUUGUUUUAUCAGCGAAAAUGUGGAAUUUAAGUUGGAGUCUUCAACUGACAAUUUCUAUACUUUAGUAACAGACAGUGAAUUAGACAGAGAGAUACAUUCAGAAUAUAACAUCACAGUGACCUGUUCUGAUGAAGGAGCGCCCUCCCUUUCCAGCCACGUCACGUUUACUUUGCAGAUAUCUGAUGUAAAUGACAAUGCGCCUGUAUUUGAGAGGAGCUCCUAUGAGGCCUAUAUUCUAGAAAACAACGCACCAGGCCUCUCUAUAUUUACAGUGAAAGCCGCAGAUGCUGACUGGAAGCAGAAUUCCCGUGUUUCUUAUAUUUUGGAGGACUCCUUUAUCAAGGGGAUACCAGUCUCCUCAUAUGUAUCAGUCAGUGCUGACAGUGGAGUCAUCCAUGCUGUGCGCUCUUUUGACUAUGAGCAGAUCAAAGAUUUCCAGUUUCAUAUCAAAGCACAGGACGGAGGCUCUCCUCCACUCAGCAGUAAUGUGACUAUUAAAAUCCUGAUACAGGACCAGAAUGAUAAUCCUCCUCAGGUUCUGUACCCAGUCCAGACUGGUGGCUCUGUAGUAGCUGAAAUGGUGCCUCGUUCAGCAGAUGUGGGCUACCUGGUGACUAAAGUAGUAGCUGUUGAUGUGGACUCUGGACAGAACGCCUGGCUCUCCUAUAAACUGUUAAAGACCACAGAAAGGGUUCUGUUUGAAGUGGGCUUACAGAAUGGAGAAAUAAGAGCAAUCCGUCAGGUGACUGAUAAAGAUGCUGUGAAACAGAGACUGACUGUUAUAGUGGAGGACAACGGGCAGCCCUCUCGUUCAGCUACAGUCAUUGUUAACGUGGCGGUGGCAGACAGCUUCCCUGAAGUGCUGUCAGAGUUCAGUGACUUUCCACACAACAAGGAGUACAAUGAUAACCUGACUUUUUACUUAGUCUUGGCUCUGGCUGUAGUCUCCUUCCUCUUCAUUACGUGUUUGGUGAUAAUUAUAUCAGUGAAGAUCUACAGAUGGAGACAGUCCCGCAUCUAUCACUCCAACCUCCCUGUGAUUCCAUAUUAUCCACCACGUUACUCUGAUACUUUGGGAACAGGGACUCUACCACACCCGUACAAUUAUGAGGUCUGCAUGACGACUGACUCCAGAAAGAGUGGCAACACGUUCUGCAGAGCUGGUCAGAACGUGUUGAUAAUGGACCCCGGCUUUACAGGAACAAUGCAGGGGAUACAAAGUAAAAAGAAUAUCCUGGAUGAACCAGACUCUCCUACAGAGGUUUGA